GCCCAAGUCCUUCGACGACCGCCGCGCUGUCAACUUCGUUUGUCUUGGAGCAGACCCCCUAGCGAGGGAAGAGUUCAGUAAUUUGGUUUCAGUGGACUUCAUUGCGCCUCGAUUCGGGUGUCCCAUAGUGCAAAGAAGAGCGAAACAAGUGCGGGCCAGGCGGCAGGAAUAAUUGUAACAUUGUUUGCCAGCGCCUUUAUAGGGUGUUUAACUUUCACACACCUUCCCAAGCGUCACCACAGCCCCAACCCUACCCCAACCGAAAGUCGUUUGUGUCGGCAUGCGUGAGAGCCAUUUGCAUAAAUUCCACGUCUGACUCCGAGUUUUUUUCGCGGUGUGAAUGCCAGACAUUUCAGAAACCAGAAGAAGAAAGAGAAAGUUUCGCAUAAAUAAGCAUUUAAACUGCCCCUGCAACAAUGGCUGCCUCCAACAUUUUGCGGCUAAUUCUAUUGGCGGCGGCUCUGAGCUGUCCCGCGGUUGGAGCUGCCACCGCCGGCGUGGUGCUCAGCGACGUGAACAACAUGUUGCGUGAUGCCGCCCGGGCCACCUCGGAGAACCCUGCGAAGGCAAAGGACAAGAAGGAGCAGGCAGUGCCCUCCAGUGUGGAACUGCUGCGCUUCGUGGAGGAUGCCGAAGAGGGCGAGGAUAGCGAGGACGAGAGCCUCGGCUCCCUGGAAAUGCUCUCCAGCGGACAGACCCUGCCCCAGACCCCGGACUCCUCCUCUCCCAUCAAGCUGGGCGAUCAGGUGCGCCUGCUCUCCAAGCAGCUCAAUGCCCUGAUGAUGCGGCGCCGCGAGGAUUACGAGAUGCUCGAGCACAAUCUCCGCAAAUCCCUGAGGCUCACCACGGACGCGGCCAGCGCUGAUGCCGAUAUGCGCACGGAACUGAACAAACUCAGGGAGGAGGUGGCCAGACUGCGCGGCUCCCAGGGCGGAAACAAGGAGCGCCUCACCGUCGAGUGGCUGCAACAGGCCAUCUCCGAGAUCCGCAAACAGCUGGCGGAGCUGCAGCACACCGCCGGAAACGUGGCCAAGGAUGUGCAGCAGCGUAGCGCCGGCUACGAGGACCUGGCCACAAUCCGCAGCGACUUCCAGCAGAUCAAGCUAGAGCUGGCCGCCCAGCACGAGCAACAGCAGCAGACAGAGGUGCUCGUGCAAGUGCUGCUCGAGGAGAUGCUCCAGCAGGAGGAGGACUACCAGCACGCCCUUAGCCGCCAACAGCAGCAGCAGCAGAAGGAACACUCCACGCCGAACUCCGCCAGCAUCGAGGAGGAGAGCAGCAGCAGCAGCAGCCAGGAGCUCUCUGGCUCCAGUUCCAGCUCCAGCGUCACUCUGGCCGACCACAAACGCCGCCACUGCCGGUUCCAGAGCCAGCAGAUCCACGCCCUGCAGCAGGCCCAUCGCGGACUCCGCCGGCAGGUAAACGAGCUGCGCUUCCACCACAUCGAUGAGCGGGUGCGCAGUCUGGAGGUGGAGCAGCACCGCAUCGCCAACGCCAACUUCAAUUUGAGGAGCCAGAUCACCUCGCUGGACAAGCUGCACACCUCCAUGGUGGAGCUGCUCGAGGACGUGGAGGGGCUGCAGACAAAGAUGGACAAGAGCAUACCGGAGGUGCGGCACGAGAUCUCCAAGCUGGAGUUCGCCAACGCCCAGAUCACCUCCGAGCAGAGCCUGGUGCGGGAGGAGGGCAAGAAUGCGGCCCACUCCCUACAGGCCAUGGCCGUCAGCGUGAGCGUGCUGCAGGACGAGCGUGAGGGCAUACGGAAGCUCGUGAGCACGGUGGAGAGUCUGCAGACGAAUGUGGACAGGCUGCAGUCGCUGGUGAACGAUGAACUGAAGAAUAAGCUCUCACACCUGAACAAGCCCCACAAGCAUCCGCACCAUCAGCUCCAGCAGCAGCAGACGCAGCAGGAGGCCAGCAUCGACUCGGCCCUGGCAGAGACCCCCGUGAGCGAGCUGGAGAGCGUCGAGGCACAGUACGAGGCCAUCACCAAUAAGCUGCCCCACGACUGCAGCGAGGUGCACACCCAGGCGGAUGGCCUCCACCUGAUUGCGCCCGCCGGACAGCACCAUCCCCUGAUGUCACACUGCACCGCCGACGGAUGGACCACAGUGCAGAGUCGCUUCGACGGCAGCGCCGACUUCAACCUUACGUGGGCGGACUACGCCCACGGCUUCGGGACCCCCGGUGGCGAGUUCUGGAUCGGCAACGAGCAGCUGCACCACCUCACGCUGGAUAACUGCAGCCGACUGCGGGUGCACAUGCAGGACAUCUACGACAGCGUGUGGGUGGCCGAGUAUGCCCGAUUCUACAUCUCGUCGCGCGCCGAUGGCUUCCGCCUGCAGAUCGGGGAGUACAGCGGGAACGCCUCCGAUGCGCUCAACUACCAGCAGGGCAUGCAGUUCUCGGCCAUCGACGAUGACCGCGACAUCUCACAGACGCACUGCGCUGCCAACUAUGGGGGGGGCUGGUGGUUCUCUCAUUGCCAGCACGCCAAUCUGAAUGGGCGCUACAAUCUGGGGCUGACUUGGUUCGACGCCGCUCGCAACGAAUGGAUAGCGGUCAAGUCCAGCCGGAUGCUGGUGAAGCGACUACCCGCCGCCGAGUGCCAGGCAGGAACGAGCGGCCCGGGCCCGGCGUCCGCGACAAGUGUAACCUCAACCACAACCCCAGAGGCUCAGGCGUCGGUGGCAUUGACGGCAUCCACCAGUACGCCCAGUACUGUGGUGCAGUUCAUUGCCGCCGCUCAGGAGUAAGUGAGCUGUAACACCCCCCCCACCCGUGAACCGGGCUAACGGGAACCGGGAACGGCUACAGUGAACCACCAGAGCCAGGCCUACUAUAGUUGGGAGUGCACUAAUCGUUUGUGGGAGUGAGAGUCCGAAGCGGAGACGGAGGCGGAAGUGGAAUUAGAGUUCUAAAAGAUCCCUAAUCCUAGUCCGAAUUAUGUUAGUGUAAAGUGGACGUGGAGUCCUUGUACAUAGUCGAUCAGCCCUAAGUUGUAGCAAUAAUCUGUAGAAUGGAGCUUACCCUAGACGUAUCCGUAGUCAAAUGUCGGUCCAUCAGUCGUCAACCCAAGCAAACCGUAUAAAUAUUCAAUUCUUUGGUCUUUCAAGCAAAUCUCAUUGAGGCUUACGUCCCACGAAGCUCUAAAACGAGUGAGAGGUAGAGAGAGAGGGAGAGAGAGAGUGCGGGAAUAUCAUAUGAGAAGAAGCCGAGUGAAUGUCUAGACAUAAUCGCCACUAGCUUAGUUAUAGCCAUUAAGAGCAUCAGCUAUCGAUCUACUCUAGUUAAGGCUCAUCUCAGACAAAUAAUAAAUAUACUAGAAAUGGAAAACAUGUACUUUCAGCGGCAGUUUUAGGAUAAGCU